GGGAAGUGCGCCGAGCUGACGUUUACUUCUCAAACUUUCAGAUAAUCACAACUUCCACGAUGAACCAGUGAAAGUCCAACACAGAUCUUACCUCCAGUGCCCAAACUGAAGAAUCCAAUGGAUACCGCCAGAAACUGAAGCUUCAGUGAAUAAAACGAAGAAACUGAAAUAAAACCCAGGAAGAAUACCUAUCAUCAGAAAGUGUUUCUUAAUGUGAAUCAGCUACAGCGUGAAUUCAAGUUAAAAAAGAUAGGACUCGACUAUCACACAAUCAAUUGCAAUAAUUGUAUCAGUGAAGUGCGAAAGAGUGGAGAGUGCAAUAGGUAUGUGAACUAACAUUAUUGGUGUAAGGGUGAACUAUUUAUUUCUGUGAAAUUACCACACUUGCAAUGACUCUGGAAUGUUCGCGUCGCUGAAGUUAUCCAACCUGCGGGGACGUAAGGUAGAGGGAGGAUCUGCUGGUCCUCCCCACUUGGACUUAACCGCCUCCACUGCCCCCGCCACCCCCGGCUCUCCUGCCUCCGCCAAGAAGCCUCCGAUAGUCACCACCAACCGCCGGUCUCACAAAUGGAGUAUUGAUCGAGCCCUUUGUCCUGGCAUUGGAGACAAAAGGUCAGAAGAAAAGCCAAAAAUGCCUGCCAGGGUGGAAAUUAGCCACAACAGGCAAGAAAACAUUGAACUUCACAACAAUACAAAUCACAGUGUCGAGUGGGACACACAGUCUUAUGAGGAGGAACAGAUGAGUAACGUGCAGGUGGUGAGGAGGGUGAUGAACGUGUCGAUAGAGCGAGACAGCAACGGGAGUCUCGGGAUCACACUCCGGGGAGGAGCUCAUCCUGACCCGGCACUCUCCCGACCUCUCACUAUCACACAGGUCAAACCCGGGGGACCUGCAGACAGUGAAGGCUCUAUUAAAGUAGGAGACAGACUGAUCUCUGUGGAUGGUCAUACGCUGAGCUCCGUGUCAUUGUCAGAGGCGCAAAACCGACUCAGAGCAACUACAAGUCCCAUCAGCUUGCUAUGUGUGGAGUACGAUGUGAAUGUAAUGAGUCACGUCCGGGCAGCACAGGGUCCGCUACUGGUGGAGAUAGAAGGACCACACUGCCACAACUUGGGGAUCGAACUAGUCAACACUCCAGACAACAAUGCGGUUGUCAUAGGCCACGUCAAGGCUGGCAGUAUUGCUGAACGUUGUGGCGCAUUGCUACCAGGAGAUCAGAUUCUGGCAGUCAAUGACAUUUGUGUAGAAGACACUAAGAUGACAGCUGAAGACGUUAAUCAGCUGUUGUGGACUGGCAGCUCUUGUGUUCUACAAAUACUGCCUUCCUCAUCCUCGUCGUACAGAGGUUAUCCCCAACCUUUGUACAGCUGUCCGAGUCCAAGUCAGAGCUCAAAACAUUCAAGAGAUAUCCAUAAUGUUGAAAAUAUAGCUUUAUUAAGUAAGACCCCCUCACCAAUCAUGAAAAAAUUGCAAUUUUCCAAUUCUUCACUUAAUGAAACAGAGGUUGAGGCGACUAGUGGAGGGGUUUACCAACGGAAGAACUUAUCAAUAUCGUUAAACUGUGAUGCUCAAAAUAGGUUUGGUAUUACUCUUGGACCUGACCCCAAGUUGGGGACCAACAUUAUUGCGAUUGAGCCAAGAAGUCCAGCGGAAAGAUGUGGCAGUCUACAGGUAGGGGACCGUGUUGUUGCUAUCAACGGCAACUCACCCCCUCCACUCGCCACACCUCAGACUCUCGAGUCCGUCAUGCAGAUGCCGUCCGUAACACUUACCACGGAAUUCGCCAUCGCACAAACCGUCAUGCCUACUUCAGGAAUCUUCACAGUCAAACUGGCGAAUAACAAAGUCGCUGGUCUUGGAAUCACCAUAUCAGGAUGCAACCUCUACCGAGGAUCAAUGACAAUCUCUAACAUCCGGCCAGGCUCGGUGGCUCAUCGCUGCGGAACGCUGAGUCCCGGAGACAGGAUCCUCUCCGUCAACAACCACAGCCUUGCAGAUCUCAGUCCUGACCAGGCGGUGGCGAUACUACACUCCACUCAGGACAUCGUCACUCUGGUGGUCAACAAGGGAACUGAUGACUACUCCCAGGAGAGUUACAGUUCCAUUCACACGGUGGAGUUUUGCCGCAAUGGAGGGCCUCUUGGUAUCACCAUCGCAGGCUCGGAAGAUCCCGGUGAACCUAUCAUCAUCUCAGCUCUUACCCCGGGGGGAUUAGCCGAGCAGUCGCAAGCCUUACAGAUAGGAGAUGAGUUACUGGCCAUAGACAGCAGAAGUCUUGGGCAAGAGCCGUUGUCCACUGCUAUAUACCUACUGCAGAGCUCCAACGAUCGGGUCAUACUCUGCGUUGGUAGGAAAACUCCCACUAUUAAUGCCAAUGUGGUGAGGGAGGACCUGAUGGGUUACUCCAGUCCGGAGAUUCCUUCAGUAGAUUCCGCUGUGGAGUCUUGGGACAGUCUGCAUGAGCAAAGUCCACCUUCUGUGCCUCACUACUACAAGUCAGAAAGCGCUACUGUUCGGAGGAAACAACCGCUCCAGUCUUGCGACAGUCCAAUCCUGACAUGUAAUGCAGCCUGGACUUCCAAUAACAAGGGUCUUCACAGCACCAACAGCCUUAACACUGUGCAAUCUGAUGCAGACACAUGCUCAUCAUUCAGACUGUCAGAGUCAGUCCUGAACGACUACACAGGUCAGCUGAUGGUCCAUCAAAAAUUUGCCCCUCCCUCUCCCCCUUGUCCUCUGCAGGUCAACUACCAACAUCGAAACAACACUCUUCCCAACCAUCGGCGCAGCUCUAGUAUUGGUAUGAUGCGAUACCAUGAGAUACAAGCCAACGUCAUGUCGUCACCAAGAAGAUGUCGAAGAGGUUUUCAUCUUCUUGAAGACGAAGCAGCCAACUUUCCUCUCUCUGAAGAUUUGGAGGUUAACCAUCCUGAAGUGACGUUUGACACUUUCUUUAAAAGAGUCACAGGACCAAACAGAGAAACGUCAGAAGAAAAUGUGAAAAAAGAUGGACACAUAUUUCAGGUAACACUGUACAAAGAUCCUGUGUAUGAGGACUUUGGGUUCAGUGUGUCGGAUGGCUUGUAUGAGAGAGGAGUGUACAUAAACAGGAUCAGACGAGGAGGUCCAGCUGACUCCUGCAAGGUCCUUCAGCCUUACGACAGGAUACUACAGGUGAACGAGACCAAGACAGAAGAUCUGGAUUGCUGCCUCACAGUCCCACUAAUCGCCUCAGCCGGUGACAAACUUCAACUGACAGUCAGCCGCGGCGGAUAUCACCACAGCAGCGAGUUGAAGGACCACCACAUAACGUCCAUACCUUGGAUGGAGGAAGACGAGAGGGACCCUCAACUGUUACUUCCCGUCAAGUCUCCCACCAUCACCAAAACUCUCUAGUCAUCUCGCUUUUACAUAGCUCUGUGUUGUGUUGAUUAACUUGUCAAUAUUGUGAAUUGUAAAUAUAAAGUCAAAGUUCCUACAACUGCUCAAAUGUAGAGGAGAAAACUAUAUUUUACUCAAUAACAGCUAGGUUAAUGCGGCCUACCUCAAUUAUGUUGUUU